UGUUUUAGAAGAAGACAACGGUGGGAAAUUUGACACUGCGCGAAAGCUUGUUGUUCGCAGUAGCUCACAUAUCACUCCCAAUAAACAUUUACUGUGACUUCACCGAUGAUAACACGACAUGGAUCGGUACGUGUUGGCUGUUUCCCUUUGUCAAACUGACGAUGAGCCGGCUGAGGAUUUCAAAUGCCUGGAACCAGUGAAGCAGCUCUAUGACAGACUUGUGGACAUUUCAGCUCAGGAAUCAGCAAGAGACAUUUCUGCUUUUCCAGCUUGCUCUUUGACUGGCAGUCCUUCAGUUCAGAGGUGGUACUUUGGUGUUCAGGCUUCCCAUGGCCGAACACAGUACUGCAGCUCAGACUGGGAAGAGCUGGCGACAGGCCAUCUGAAAACUGACAGUGAGGAGGAGAGACCCACUGCUUUAGAGUCAUGUCUCAGCUCUCUGGUUAAUGAAGAGGCACCAGACCAAAAGUCUGACCAGCCAACGCUGACAGACUUGUUAGAAGAGGCUGCUGAAGGACUUCAUUUACUGUCAGACAAGCUCCCACCUCCAGGUAAAGCCUUGUUGGAUGUGCUUGUGUUGGGCUCAGCUGAGCAGUCUCCCCCUGCUAAAGACCUUUUGCCUUUGCUGGGAGCUCUUAAGCACAUGUGCUGCUGGCAUGCUGCAAAAGUCACUGUAGUCACACAGCACACCACUGGGUGGCACAAAGCAGCCUCCCUCCUCAGUGCCAGUCUGGUGAAGCCUGCUGACCUAGAGAUCUGUAUUGACAGCAAGGAGCUGUGGAGAGGCAGCCUGGUUGUCAGAGAGAGGAAGUAUGCGUCCGAACUCCGUUUCGAUGGCUUUGUUCUGUGCUCUCCAGUGCCUCACCUAUCAGGCAUCAGUGUCUUGCAAGGUCCACUCACCUCUACAGACCAUAAACUACAGGCUGAGGUCUUUCAUUACUAUGCGCCGGUUUUAGACUUGGUUCAGAUUGUUAAUCUGUCAGACCUGCCCAGUUUUCUGAUGUCCAGCACAGAAUUUGAACUAAUCCUAUCUGGGAAGUCAGUGAAAGCUAAGCUGCUGCUGGACCAACUGAAGUCUCUACGUGGAAAGGUAGGAGCACUGUUCAGCCUGUCCUGCAUAAUCACUGCGAUCGCCCAGCCUGCAGCCAGCCAGCUCAGCUCUCAGCGCUGGAGAGAGUCUGUAGCCAGGAGACCCAAGUCCUUACCCAUGCCCGAGGUCGAGGUGAAAGGUGAAAGUGCCCACUACUUCCUUUUGGUCCAAGGCGCGGACAGCGUCGGGCGUGGAGCCUGCCGGGUCAGGAUGCUGCAUUCAGACAGCCAGUUAAACGGAGCGGCUGCCAUGGCAACCAUUAGCAGUUUGCUGAGAGAGAGCUCCUUGUCAUCAGGACGAGCUGUAGGCGACAUCCUCCGCCCUCUGCCCUGUCUCCAAGGAGACCGCCUGCUAGAGAGAGAGAGGAAGGUGACUCAGGUUCAGACACUGGUACUCAAAGAAUAUCUCAAACAGAAACUAGAAGCCUCAGCUUCAACGGCCGUCCCCAUCAACGACCUGAAGGUCAUUCUGAGUCUUGCUAGAGAGCAGUAUCUGAAGACUAUAGACUCCUCUCUACCCCCUAGUGCCUCCUGUCUGACGGACGAGCCCAAAGCAUCCAGGAACGCGGGCAUAGACCGUUUUCAGACUAUUUCAAACAAGUGGUCUGACAUGCCGGAGAGAAGCGUCCUUCACAAUAUUGAGAACCUGCAGAGGAGGCGACAGAAGACGAGAUUUGGGCUCCUAGGACCAGGCUCCAGCGACAGCCUGCUGGGUCCUAAAGACAAUCCGAAGGGCUCCUCUACUUUACUGGAUGCCAAAGAACUUCUGAAGUAUUUCACUUCUGAUGGUUUGCCUGCUGGGGAGCUACAACCUCUGGCUGUCAAUAGAGGAAAUAAUGUGCCUCAGUUGUCGCAAGACCUUUCUCCUAGGAGAGUGAGCCAGAUGCCCUUCAGCAAGGCCUCACUCUCCCGUUACCACGGCAUCGAGUUCUGCCUGGACCGUCAGCAGUCCUUGGAGCGAGACCAGGCCUUUGUGCGGCUCCAGUCUCGCCUGAUCCGCCACGAGACCCAGACCACCUGUACCAAGGAGCCGUGCGCCCUCCCCUUUGCCCUUAGCCCCGCCCCCUCCCCCGCUGUGGCAUCAGAACCAGGAAGUGUGCCUGAUGGAGAGACUCUGCAGAAUGCUGAUGUAGCACGACUCAAGCGCAGGUCCUGGGAAACCGAUAUUGUUGGAGGUUAUCCUUGCAAAAGACUGGUGAAGUCAGAAAGCAGCGACUCCCUCUGCUCCCAGAGCAGCGGCAGCAGCGGGACACGCGCUGCCGUCAGGAGACAGCAACCAAGCAGAUCCCAGUCCUCUUCCUCUUCCAUCGCCCCUCCUCCUCCUUCAUCUGUGAAACGGACAUCCUCAGGUUUGGUGACACUUCCUUCGGACGACCAACCUAAAGCUCAACAGACGCAUCCUGAACAAAAACACGACAAAGCUGCCAAAGAGUCACGCUCCCAGAAACACAACAGGAUGUUGCAGGAGGUAGUAGUUAAAACACUCAAACACCACGGGAUCACUGCUGAGCACAAGUGCUUUGAGGCCUGCAGCAAAAGACUGUUUGAUAUCUCCAAAUUCUAUCUCAAGGAUCUGAAGACGUCGAGGGGUCUGCAUGACGAGAUGAAGAAAGCUGCCGGCAGCAACGUCAAACAGGUCAUUGACUGGGUGCUGGAGAAAACCUCCAAAAAGUGAUGAUGCUCUUGAAGAAGGACAAAAGAGCAACAUUACCAAAGUGUGAAAGCUUUUCUAAAGCUUCCAGUUGUUACAUUAAGCCUGUUUUAAUGAACAUAAUCCUUCAUUUUGUUUAAUUUAUUAAUUUUUUUGUUGUGCUAAUCAGAUUAAUGUGUUUCAGGCUCAGAUGCUGGAACCCUCUUUUUUUUCUUUUUUUUUUAACAGUUUCCAAAUGUGAUUUUAAAUUCUUUCCCACCUCGUUCUGUUUGUAAAUACUAUCAGAAUUUUAUGAGUUGUACAUAUUUUAUUUGUUUCAUAUUUUACAAUGCUUAGCACAAUAAAUGUCUUUGAUUUCAUUUUGUUGGCGGCGUUGCUCGACCCAAGCCCGUUUGUGCGUGUUGCAUUUUCAGCAGUAACGGCUAACAGGCCGGUCUGGACGGGAGCUGUUAUUCAGACAGUGAAAACAAAGCCGUGAGCGAGGCAGCACAUUUAUGCAGCGCUGAUUAUCACUGACAGUCAGAUUUGUCCUGUUUGUAUUAGUUCGUCCGCUGCACAGGCUAAUCAGCGGCGCUGCUAGGAAUCAUCCAUCCCCACUGGCACCACGUUGGCUUUAGUCCAAGAGGAGCUGGCUACAGGUUUCUGGCCAGAAAAACUUCUGCCUGAUGCCAAGUUAACAUAAAACAGCCUCAUUUUUGCAAAGUUGGAUCUAACAGGAACUUGCUUUUGAUGUUAAUUUGGGUUAUAAAUGAACUCUUUUUCAACAGGAUCGUUAUUUUCGCAUGUCUUCAUUUUUAUUAGGUUGAAACGUAACGAUUGUUUGUUUCCUCCUGAUGAGGAACAGCAUUAGACUGUCCUGUAGUCUGCGUCUGUCACACUGUUUCAGGGUAUUUCAGCUCAUGUACCCAGUGUAAUCCCACAUUUUGUGUGGGAGAAUCAGGGCACAAUAAUGAACCAGGACAACAUAUUACAGUUUACAAUUCCCCUAAUACAUGUACACACGGAGGAGGAGGCUCUUACUGUAUUUAUGCCAAUUAUUGCCCGCUAUAAAGUUAAGAAGCUUG